ACAGUAGUUGUUGACAUUUAUAAUUUUAAUGUCAUUCACCGUGGCGUGAUUCACAUUAUCACUAUGAGUUAUGAACGAUUUGAAGAUGAAGAUGAGGUUGAUAUUCCACAAAUAGCUGUUACCUUCUCCAAUGAAAACAAUUCUGCUAGAGAUGACAGUUAUGCCAUAACUUUGAAAGGGAUCAAUGAUGUACAAAGUAACUCAAGUGCUGUUUUACAACUGUCAGAUGAUCAAGAAACAUUUGCACAUCAACAUGAGAAACAACAUAAUCCAGAACUGACAACAAUAAGGAAAGCAAGACUUAAAGCAAAGAAAUUUGUAGAGCAUUUGUAUGUCAGACUUUUUGGAGUGUUCCUUGUCAUCUUUGAUAUAAUAAUUGUUAUUGUUGAUAUAAUUGAAGAUCCAGUGAAAGGACCUUAUCUAACUACCUAUGAUGUUAUAUCUUUGACUAUUUUGUCUUAUUUUAUCUUUGAAUUGUCACUGCGUAUGUUUGCAAAAGGGAAACUAUUUUUCUACACAGCACUAGAUUUAGUGGACAUGUUUAUUGUAUUUCUGACUGGUUCUGUAACGAUUGUGUAUGUGGCUGUUGACUUCUCUGAUGAAGUACAGCAGUAUUUCAAAUUAGUUGUUGUUUGUCGUCUUUUGCGAGUUUUUAUGUUUGUGCGUCUGUUGACUGAAAGUUCACAUGUGAACAAGGCGUCAAGGAGAAUGGUUUCGGAAAACAAGAGAAGGUAUAGAGAAGAAGGUUUUGAUUUGGAUCUUACGUAUGUCACAGAUAGAGUAAUAGCUACUUCAUUUCCGUCAUCUGGCAAACAGAAGCUGUACAGAAAUUCCAUUAGAGAAGUUUCAAGGUUCUUAGACUUUAAGCAUAGGGACCAUUACAAGGUCUAUAAUCUUUGCAGUAAGUGACUUAAUUGCUUAUAAAUUUCAUUCACAUACUUAAAAAAGAAAAACACAACUUAAUAAUACUGUAGAAUAUAUAGGCUAUUGGCUAUUUUAAUCUGAUGUGUCGUCUUUGCCUUUGUGCAAGUAAGUGACUUAAUUGCUUAUAAAUUUCAUUCACAUACUUGGAAAAAAAAAACACAACUUAAUAAUACUGUAGAAUAUAUAGGAUAUUGGCUAUUAUAAUCUGAUGUGUCGUCUUUGCCUUUGUGCAAGAAAGUGACUUAAUUGCUUAUAAAUUUUAUUCACAUACUUGAAAAAAAACACAACUUAAUAAUACUGUAGAAUAUAUAGGCUAUUGACUAUUUUAAUCUGAUGUGUUGUCUUUUCCUUUGUGCAAGUAAGUGACUUAAUUGCUUAUGAAUUUCAUUCACAUACUUGAAAAAAAAACACAAUUUAAUAAUACUGUAGAAUAUAUAGGCUAUUGGCUGUUUUAAUCUGAUGUGUGUGUUUGCCAUUUGAAUCCCGACAUGAUGGCGUGCAUUUCGAUACUUGGAGUAUGUAUUAUACCAUGGAGGAACUUCAUGAUUUUACUAUCUUGCCUUUGUGCUGUUUUGUUAUUUAUUGUAUGUUCGUUUGUCCAGGGGGUUUAGAGG